AUGUCGCCCGCCACGUCUGACAACUUUUCCUCUCUGGACACACAUAGAACAUGGCGAAUCUACAAUGUCGAUGACGAUACCGACCCGACAACCUGGGUAUCGUCGCGACUGAGAAUCAUGCUGAUGAUCUUCUGCGUCUCUCUCUUUGCAUCCUCUUUUCCGACGCUUUCACGACGAAUUCCUGGUCUCCGGAUACCCGGUGUCGUCUUUUUCAUCGGAAAACACUUCGGGACCGGCGUGAUCCUCUCGACGGCGUUUGUGCACCUUUUGCAGGACUCAUUCGAGGCUUUGCUGAACCCAGUAGUGCGAGAGAGAUGGGCGAUAUCGAAUUGGGUGGGCAUGAUUGUGCUCGGCUCUCUUCUCCUCAUCUUCUUCGUCGAAUAUAUCUCGACUUCCUUCGUAGACCGCCUUCAGUCAUAUUCCUCUCGUCCUCCUUCUCCCUCUUCUACUCCCGUAUCUGAAGCAUCUAACUCUCCCGCCUGUUCUCCCUCCGCAAUCCCUAAGCAGCUACCCUCGCCUGCACCCUCGCCGUCUCUACUACCUGUUGAUCAUCAUCAUCGUGAUCCUGCACGGGAUUGUUCUCGUGCGAAUGGCCCUGGAUGCCCUGAAGAUGUCCCGUUUCCCCUCGCCUUGCCCCAGCCUGUAGCUGUUGUCAAUGAGGAUGUCGACGAGGAAGCAGAUGAGGUGCGCAGCCUCACUGCGCCACUGCUCCCGCCUUCCACGCAUGGUGCGCACUCGACACACCUUUCAGGGUACGGCGCGACAGGGUCGGGACUACGCUCGCACAUCCAUGGGCGCCCGCGCCACGCACAGUUCGCGCAUACGUUCCCGCGAUCCUCCCGCACUCCACAUCUCCCGCCGAGCGGAGAAGAGAUACAGACGACGGACGCGAGUGAGGAGAUCUUUGCGGGCGGGCACCAUCGCCACGAAUCGCGCUCCUCGCAUGCAGGACACCACGAGCUCCGGAUGGGUCUCGGGUGGAACUCGCUUGUGAGCCUUGGAGGGGACGGAGAGGGCGUGGACGACGAUGUGGCGAAGGUGAAGAGAGAUCGAAGCGGUAGUGGGGGCGUCCAUGUGCAUGUGCACGCACACAAGCCUGGGCAUAGGCACAGACAUGGGCAUAGUGGACAUGGGCAUAGACAUGGGCAUGGGCAUGGGCAUUCACAUCUGAGCAUGGAUUCGUGGGAUGUUGAAAACGGACACGACGAGGGCGCCGACGAAGUAGAGAUGGAAAUUGGCCGGAAGAGGCAGGUGGUUGGGAUCCUGAUGCUGGAGAUUGGCAUCAUGCUCCACUCGCUAGUGAUUGGGAUCACACUCUCGAUCACGUCCGGCUCUGAGUAUACGUCCCUUGUUACCGCGAUUGUAUUCCAUCAGCUCUUUGAAGGACUAUCGCUCGGAAUUCGGAUAGCGACACUACCCGCCGCAGUUGCGAAGAAAAGUAACUUAAGCAUGCUCAAGCCUGCGCUCGCCCUUAUGUUCGCAGUCACAACACCUGUUGGUAUCGCCGUCGGUCUGGGGAUAUUCGAGCCCGGUCGGAGCGAAGGCGCGAAAGUGACUCUCAUGCGCGGGCUCAUGUCUGCACUAUCCGCCGGGAUGCUGAUCUACGCGGCGUGCGUCGAGAUGCUCGCCGGGGACUUUGUGAUGGAUCCCCAUCUGUGGCGGAGCAGCAUCCGUCGACAGGUGUUGGCGCUGGUCAGCUUGUUGUUUGGUGUCGCUACUAUGGGUGCCGUAGGCAUCCUCGGCGAAUAA